UACGUUUUGUGUGGUUUUCUGUUUGCAGCCGCCCCCGAAGCCUACCAUGCCUAGCCGUCCCAUUGCUCCUGCUCCACCUUCCACCCUGUCACUUCCGCCCAAGGUUCCAGGGCAGGUUACCGUUACCAUGGAGAGUAGCAUCCCUCAAGCUUCAGCCAUUCCUGUGGCAACAAUCAGUGGACAACAGGGCCAUCCCAGUAACUUGCACCACAUCAUGACUACAAACGUGCAGAUGUCUAUCAUCCGCAGCAAUGCUCCUGGGCCCCCUCUUCACAUUGGAGCUUCUCAUUUACCUCGAGGUGCAGCUGCUGCUGCCGUGAUGUCCAGUUCUAAAGUAACCACAGUCCUGAGGCCGACCUCGCAGCUGCCAAAUGCUGCUACUGCUCAGCCAGCAGUGCAGCACAUCAUUCACCAGCCAAUCCAGGCACGUCGGAGCCCGGGGUGCAUGAAGGGCGGCAUGGGAGUUAUUCUGUCUCUUAUACACAUCUAG